AUGGGGCCCCCCAGUGGUUCUCCUGCAUGCAGCGGAGUGCCUGCAGCAGCGGAGGAAACCCAUAGUAAACUCUCGCAGCAGCAGCAACAGCAACACGAGCAGCAGCAAGAGCAACACGAGCAGCAGCAGCAGGAACAGCAGCAGGAGCAGGAGCAUCUGGCGGAGGUGAUGAAGGCAGCAAUGGCGUUGAUAGAGCAGUGUAAAGAGAUAGCCAGGAGAAAACAAAAACUGGCUUUCUGUGUUGUCUCCCCUGAGGUGGCUCGCGAGCUGCUGCAGAAGCUUCUGUCUCUUGGGGUGCUGAGCAGGGGCCCGGGGCGGGGCAAGUGCUACAGCGAUCGUAAUUUUUAUUUUUUUUUAUGUCAGCAGCAGCAGCAACAGCAACACGAGCAGCAGCAGCAGGAACACGAGCAGCAGCAGCAGGAACACGAGCAGCAGCAGCAGGAACAGCAGCAAGAGCAGGAGCAUCUGGCAGAGGUGAUGAAGGCAGCAAUGGCGUUGAUAGAGCAGUGUAAAGAGAUAGCCAGGAGAAAACAAAAACUAAGCGUCGAGGAGAUUGCAGCUUUCUGUGUUGUCUCCCCUGAGGUGGCUCGCGAGCUGCUGCAGAAGCUGCUGUCUCUUGGGGUGCUGAGCAGGGGCCCGGGGCGGGGCAAGUGCUACAGAGGACGAGCCUGCAGCCUCUCACAGCAGCAGCAAGCGGAAAAGAGCAGCAGCAGCAGCAGCAGCAACAGCAGCAACAGCAGCAACAGCAGCAACAGCAACUGCAGCAGCAGCAGCAGCAGCAGCAGCAACAGCAGCAACAGCAACAGCAGCAGCAGCAAAAGGCCCCCAGCUGGCGGAAAAGAGCAGCAGCAGCAGCAGCAGAAACAGCAACAGCAGCAACAGCAACUGCAGCAGCAGCAGCAGCAGCAGCAACAGCAGCAACAGCAACAGCAGCAGCAGCAAAAGGCCCCCAGCUAG